AUGAUGUUCAUUACUUUUCUCGUCACAAUUGUUAUGAUUCUUAAGAAUCAUCCUUCAUGUGGUUUACCGAUAACUCAAGUACCACAAAGAGUGAUAAGUCCCGAAGAAUUUGGUGGAGGAGAUAUUAAAGUUCCUCCGUUAAAAACAACAAUGUUACGUGGUGCAGCCAUGGCUGGUAGUUACGUUAAAUGGCCUGGUGGAGUUGUACCUUAUACAAUUUCAUCGGCUUACAAUCAAGCGGUAAUCCUCAGUGCAAUGCGAACAUUGGAAAAUGCGACAUUAAUGGCAAACGGUUCAGCCUGUUUGACAUUUCGUCCAGCAAUACCUGCCGAUGGUCAAUAUUAUAUUCAAAUCGAGAAUGGAAUAGGUUGUUCAUCUUAUGUUGGAAGAUACACUGGUUAUACACUCAAUCGUACAGUUACAUUAGAAAUUCCUUCAUGCAUCAAUGCAGGUGUUAUAGAACAUGAACUCAUACACGCAUUAGGAUUUUAUCACGAACAAUCACGACCAGAUCGUGAUACAUAUGUCAAAAUUAACUGGGCGAAUAUACAAACAGGCAUGUCACAUAAUUUCGAUAAAUAUAAUUCCAGUGAAGUAGUAGAUUUAUACACACCAUAUGAUUAUGAUUCGAUCAUGCAUUACGGACGAACGUUUUUCAGUGCAAAUGGUUUGGAUACAAUCGAGCCAAUUAAUCCACCAAAUGCUUCAAUUGGAACACGAAAUGCCCUAAGUCCUAUUGAUAUUCAAGAACUUCAAAUCUUUUACGGAUGUAUCCCAGCAUUAACUACGACUACAACUACAACUGUCAGCCCCAUUACAACAACUUCAACGACAACAACCACCACGACUGAGACAACCUCCACCACGAUUGGAACCACAACCACCACGACUGAGACGACCUCCACCACGACUGGAACCACAACCACCACGACUCAGACGACCUCCACCACAACUGAAACAACAACCACCACCACCACAACUGGAACAACAACCUCCACCACGACUGGAACAACAACCUCCACCACAACUGGAACAACAACCUCCACCACGACUGGAACAACAACCUCCACCACAACUGGAACAACAACCUCCACCACAACUGAAACAACGACUACUACCACGACUGGAACAACAACAACCACCACGACUGAGACGACCUCCACCACGACUGGAACCACAACCACCACGACUCAGACGACCUCCACCACAACUGAAACAACAACCACCACAACUGGAACAACAACCUCCACCACGACUGGAACAACAACCACUACCACGACUGGAACAGCAACAACCACCACCACGACUGGAACAACAACCUCCACCACAACUGGAACAGCAACCACCACCACGACUGGAAUAACUACGACAGCAAAAACAACAGUUGUAAUCAAGACAGUUGUAACAACGGCAACUACUCCCACAACACAAUCGUCAAACACUGAUGGAAAUGGCAGUAGUAGUGGUGCAAAUGUCGGAAUUAUCGUUGGCCCUGUAGUUGGUGGCGUUGUUGGAGUUCUUUUAGUACUUGGUAUUUUGGCAGCUGUUCUCUUCUUCUUUUUUGGAUUAGGUGCACCAUUACUUUCCAAUGCAAGCUACGUCAGUUAUGGAUUAGGUGCAAGUAAAUCUCUCGGUGGAAAUGUCUUUCAAUCUGGAAAUGGCAUUGGUUCGUUUUUCAAAGACGGUGUAUGGCAUACUACUCAAAAUUCUCGAUUAGCAUUUUAUCCUAAUGCGAAUAACACUGUGUUUGGUAAAGGAGUAGAUCAAAUGGGCAGUUUCGUGGCUAGAGGAGUUUAUUCACCACGAACACAACGAAUCGCUUUUGAUAAACAUUAUCAACCGGGUUUUGCAGAUGCCGGAAUGAAUACCGGAAGAAAGAUGAAAGUUCAUGCCAAAUGGAAUCCAAACAACGAAUCUUUUGAAGGAAAAUAUUAUCUAAAGAAUGGAUCACGUUACGAAAAAAAUACUUAUGUUCUUCGGUAUGGAAAUCGAGCUGGUCAUUGA